UCGGCGGCCAUUUUGUUCGAUGCUGAGUCACCAAAAGGUGAAAAAUGUAUACGAACGAACCACACUCCCCACGAGACUACACAACGGUAUUGGGCAUUUCCCUCGUGAACACAAAAUUUGGGUUUCAUGUUCCCUCGACCGUAGCGUGGAAACAAAAAUAUUUUUUUCGUGAAAACCAAAGGAAACUCGGGAUAUUAAUCGAAUUUAAAUGAAUUUGGAAGUGCCGGAAAACUGAGAAAAUAAGUUGAAAACGUCAAGUGUAAUAAACAAGUUAACCGAGACCCUCGGGUCGGGCUGCGGGCAGACACGCGUAUCCAGUGCGACCGUUCUGUGUGAAUUUAAUAUAAUUUAGCACUGAUAACAAUAAAAUAAUCCAUAGGUGGUGCGCGCCUUGCAUCGCUAAUCUGUCAAAUAGUGCUGUGAUAAUUCGGUGUGUACAUUACAAUGUUUACGAUUUGUGAAUUCAGUUGAUUAUUCGUGAAUACAAAGUGAGAGUUCAGAAUUUCAUGGGACACGAUGUAGUCGGAUUUUGCAGUGAUUAUGAACGGAUAAAGCUGUAAGUGUCAUUAACGGAGUCUCUAAAGUUGGCAAAAUGACGGACGGACUGGUUCAAGUGAAAACCGAGCGGCCCGAUGAGGCUGAGAUCAGGGAGUUGGCGGCAAAGAUGGUGGAGGCGAACAAGGCCAAGGCGCUGGCGGCUUCGGUCGCGGCGGCGCGGCCUCAGCCUGGCGCGAUGAUGGGCGCCGGGCCGCCGGCGGUGGGCGGGCAGAUGGGCAUCCUCAACUUCCUGACGCGGAAGCCCGGCGCCGCGGCGGCAGAGCAGCGGCCGGUGAGCGAAGACAAGAAGACACCGGCGCCGGACGAGGCGAGCUGGAAGGGCCACUUCGGCUGGGACCAGCUCGGCAAGUGCCACAUCCCGUACAUCUACCGCUCGGGCGAGAAGUACGUGGCGGUGCGCAUGGUGGAGAUCAAGCUGCUGAACAAGUACCUGAACUACCUGCACGCGGACAUCUACUCGUGCACGUGCAUCCGAAGCUACUACAUCACGGAGAUCGAGGCGCGGCUGCUCAACGAGAUCAACAACCGGCAUUGCGACGGCCAGUUCGGGCGCGAGCCCUUUACGCAGAAGGACCUGGUGGUGCGGCUGUCGGACGCCGGCGAGUUCUACAACUUCCUGGACGUGUGCUAUAACAAGUUGUUGCGCGGCACCACCAACAACAAGGACAAGUGCGGCUUCAUUAGGAUUAACAAAGAGUCUGUGGUUCCUUACACAGUGCGGGACGGUCAGAAGUUUGUGCCCUUGUUCUACUUUGAAGGUGAAACUGACAAUUUAAAGUUAAAGGCGGACCAGUUAAAGGGGUGGGACUUGUCAUACUUGAAGUUUUGUUGUAAAGUGCAGGGGAUAAGGAAUGAACUGUUUGCCAGUGAGACGUGUUCAGUGAUCAGUUUGACGGACAUCAAAAGUUACUUCCCACCGGGCACUGAGUUUGAGGAGUACUGGCCCAACAAGGUUGUGGACUCGCAGCUCCUGAUCUCAGCCAAAGGCUCAGUGUCCGGUGGUGGUCAGUGGACGCGGGCGCCGCCUGCUCCGCCGCCGGGCGCGGUGGGCGGCGUGGGCGGCGCCGUGGGCAUGGGCGGCGUGGCCGCGACUCGUGGGCGGCGGCCGGCGCAGCGACAUGCGAGCGCGACCAACGCCAUGCAAAUGCCGCACGCGGGCAUCUCUGCGGCGACCGUGCAAGCGCUGGCCAACGGCUGGAGCCUGCCGGGGACGCUGACGCAGGCGCAGACGCAGCAGGUGCUGAGGCUCGCUCAGGCGCAGGUGGCGGCGCAGGCGCAGGUGGCGGCGGCGCGCUACAACAACGCCGCCAUCGCCGCCGCCGCCGGCAUGCCGCAGCACCGGUCGCAGCACAACCGGAACGUGCAGUUCCCCAACAACGCCAUCUCGAUGGCGAUGGGCCAGCAGCCGCCGCCGCCGCUCGUCCGCAGCACCAACAACACGUCCACCAUGAAUGUUCAGCCGCAAGUGACGGGCUCUAUGAACGGUCACUCGGGUACGCACACGGUGGACUCGCGGAAGCGGUUAACGCCUAUACCGGACAUAAGCAUCAGCGGAAACCAUACGCCGUAUAAGGUCCAGAAGGCAGUUGUGGAGAACACGAUGGUGCCGUGCAUCAACGCCAAGCCGUACCAGUAUACGGAGCAGCUGAUGACGCUGCCCGACCUGGCGAGCCACUUCUUCCCGCGCGUGCCGCUCGCCACGUGCCGCGCCAUGCUCGACGCGCUGGGGCUCACGCUCUACAAGCCCAACACGACCCAGUUGCAAGUCCUCCGCAUGUCGGGCAAGUGCAAGUCGGCGGCGGCCGGCGAGAACGGCAUGGCCCUGGUGCAGAUCCGCGACGUCAUGACUCACAUGCCGCAGUUCAAGUACAUGAUGCGCUCGGGGCUCGCGGACGAGGCGCCGCACCAGGCGCACCAGUCGCCGCGGCCUGCGCACGCGCCGCAGUCGUCGCACGCCAAGCGCGCGCGCGCCAACUAGCACUCGCACUACGGGUUGAUGGGCCACGCGUACGGUAGUGACACUGAGUGAUCGUCACAAGUGACGGAACAGUGAUAAACGGUACUGAUGUUGUGGGCAUGUUGCAAAAUACACAGGUGACACUAGGUGAUCGUCACCAGUGAUGGAACGGUGAAAAACAGUACUGAUGUUGUGGUCAAGUGACACUGAGUAAUUGUCACCAGUGAAUGGUACUGGUGGUGAGAUGGAGACAAUGUAAAACAAUUAUAGUGACAGUGGGUGAUGAUCACCAAUGACGGUCAACAAUACUGAUCUUGUGAUGUGUCAAAUGUGUCAAAACAUUGUGAUCAAAUAAAAGUGUGAUGAUGAAAUGAAACAAAACCAAUGACUAAACUGUAUGUACAUUAAUUGUUAUUAACAACGAAAUGACAGAGUAAAGUGACAUUUGGUGGUUGGUUGGUUGGUGAUGAAAGUGACACUAAAUAAGUGACGCUGAUUAACAAUAUUUUAAACAUUAAGGUUAUUGUUUAUUUAUAUAGAGAUGGAUCUCGAAAGGAAUGGGAAAAGAUCUACCUAAUUGGUAGUUAAUUUAUUAUAGAAAGCGCUUUAUGCUAGUGUUUUGUUGUGAAAAAGCUAUUGUAUUAACAGUACAUCUGUCAUACACUGUUAAUACAGUAGGCUUUUUUUUGUUAAGAUUAUGUAACAUGGCAAAUGGUACCUUUUAAAAACCACAUUGUCCUCCAAUUUUUUUUUACUGUAUGACGAAUUAGUGUAUGAAUGUGAUCUCUUCUGAUAGUAAGUGACAUCACGGUCCAAGAUUCAGGGAUUUUAACUUUAAUGCAAAACCCCUAAAAAAAUAAAUUUUGGAUGUCAUUGUCACUUGUCACCAGAUGAGAUGGGGGAAUUGUUAAAUUGAAUGAGACAAAAUUAUACUUUUUUUAAAAGUCUCGAAAUUGUUUAGUACAAUAGAUUCAAUAUUGUCAUCACAAAAUUAAUUUUAUUUAGAUGUAAUAAAAAAACAACUUGUAUUAAAGAAGUUGAAAUCAAAUAGUUUAAAGGAAAAUAUUAUUGUAAUUUUAGGUCAGGUCAAUUUCUAUAAUAUACACGCAUAGUUAUAUGAUGUACAAAUUGUAUAAAAAAACAUUUUGUAAAUCCGAAAGAUCUAAUGUUAAAUGAUCUAUAUAUAAUAGCUAUAUUGUAAUAGAAGACUGAGAACAUUAUAAUUUAAAUUUGUUUCUUAGAUCAAAGGCUAUCGUUGUGAGAUUUAUACUUUAGUUGGAUAGAUCUGGUACAUUGCAGCGUGCAGAGACAACUUGUUGAGACACUUCACAUGUAGAGAAUUAAGAAAAUUCUCAUGUAUGCAAAGUUGGUAAAAAAGUAAUAUCACGUGUCUCAAACGGUGAAGGAAAAACAUCGUGAGGAAACCUGCAUACCAGAGAAUUUUCUUAAUUCUCUGCGUGUGUGAAGUCUGCCAAUCCACAUUGGGCCAGCGUGGUGGACUAAAACCUAACCCUCUAACUGUGAGAGGAAACUCCAGCUCAGCAGUGAGCUGAAUAUGGGUUGAUAAUGAUGAUGAUGAUGAUGAAAAGUUGGAGGACCUGGACCAGAUUCGAACCUAGAAAUCCUCUGACUCGUAGGUGAGGUCAUAUCCAUUGAGCCAUCACGGCUGUAUCGGUUGUGAGCAGUAGCAGACAUAAAUAUAGAUUAAAACCACAUGAAUUAUUAUAUAAUACUCAAGAUGCACAAUGUCUCGUCACGCUGUAUAUGUUAUCUGGGUGUGUUGAUGUAUUUUGUAAAUAAUUGCAGUUUUACAUCUGUGAGAUUUGUUAGGGUCCUUACAAAUGGCAGACUUUGUGAUAGGCGUAGAAUUAAACUGCUUCGUCUCUGAAGAUAUUGCAACUAAUUGGCAGAUUCACAGAAAGACAAAUUUUUGAAAAUGGUUUCUUUUUUAACACGCUUUAAAGUAAGCUUUACUUGUAACUAACUAUGUAUGUAAGAAAAUUUUGGAAUCCUAAUUUGACCCACUUCACGGUCUUCGAUUAGGAUGAAAUUUUGCACACGCUCUGAGUUCUUAUGAUCACACAUGACUAUCUAAGAAAUGUCAUUAUCAUUACAAUCCAAUAUGGCGGCCUCCCCAAGAUGGCGGACUGGCUGUUUGAAAUUCAAACCUAUGUUAGCGAUAUCAAAUGAAAGAGUUUGCUGUCAGGAAUACGAAAAAAAUAGUCACGUGACUUAAAUCCAAUAUGGCGGACAGACUAUUUGAAAUGCUAAAUUAUUACUAUUAUUAUUCACUAGUAAAUUAAUGUUUUUACAAUGCCCGCCAAUCUAUAUUUAACUAACAAUCAAUAAAGAGUUUUCAUUCUGCAGGGACCUUAGCAAUGCUUAUAUGUAAAUUAAAUGUCAUAAUAUUUUACUAUAAAAGACAUUAAUAUAUAUAUAAAAGUAUAUUGAAGUUGUACAUACAUACAGUUGUACAGUCAAUGAAAUAGUAAAUUAUUAAGCUUUAAAAUUUUUCAUCACAAUUUUAAAAUUCCAUAAUUUUUUUAUAUAUUUGAAGUAAUAAAAAUUGUAAAAAUGUUAAGAUGUAAGAUAACAAUUCAGUCUCUUUAUAUGGUAAAAAACUGUCAACUAAAUUGACAGGUAAAGAAAGGCAAUAAAACUAGUGUAGCAUCUGUCAAUUUAGUGCAGAGUUUGCCUUAUAAAUGAGUUUCAAAAUUAUUUUGUUUUAUUUAGGUACAGUGUGUGUACAAAUUUUAAUCAGUACUUAGAUUCAAAAUUCAAAUUUAAAUUUCAUUUAUUUCAAUUAAGCGUAGUUUACAAGCUCUUUUGAAAAGUCAAGCUAUGUCAUGAUUUAAUGGUGGUAAUUAAAGGCGAAAAUUUAAAAUUAAAGUUACGAGGGUAUCAAACGCGCCUCGGUCCGAGAAGAGCCCACGACAAAAUCAGCCAAGGCUUAUUUUUUUUUGUUUACCACUAUUUUAUCUAUAUGAUCCUUAACACUAUAUAGACUUAUAUGAGACUUUUCUAUAAUAUAUUUUCCAAAUAACAGUAUUGGUUGGUUUAAAAUACAAUUGUUAUUUGUGACAAUUCUCACUCUGCAAAUUGACAGAAUCAACAGAGAAUGUCAAUGUUUUUGUUUACAUUUUUUUAUGUAACAAAGCAUUAUAUGUUUUCAGUUAUCUGUCUGUCAUGAGCAAUAGUAAAAUUUAAAUUGAUUGUGCUUAUUAAAUCACAAUUCUUUGAAUUGAAAUGAAAGAAUUUUUAUAUCAAUGCUUCCAUUAAAAUGCACUAUUUUACAACAGUUAAUUUUACUGUAGUUACAGAUUAAUUAACAUCUGAAUUAGCACCAACGUUUGAAUUUGAUGAACAAUAUAACAAUCAUAUAUAUUCAAAUUGUUUUAAACAGUAUAUUAGUCUAUAUUAAAAAUAUAUAUCCUAUCAAUAUAUACGCACAAAUCUAUUGAAUAUAAUAUUAUAUUAAUUUUGAAUAUUAUAAUAUUUAGCACACUGUACCUGUGUCAAUCGUAACUUUGCUUAGUAUGGGAACUCGAGAAAACAAAACUUCAAUAAACUUUAUUACCAUGCGAGAGUAAUUAUUUUAUUUAACUUAUAGAAAUAAAUAUCAUUGUUUGAAACUGAUCGCACAUACAACAUAAAAGUAUUUCUGUGUACCGAGAGUUUGAAUUAUUUCUAUGGAAGUUGUAUAUUUUUUUUGAUGCUACAAAUUUCAAAAUUUAUAAAAGUGCAGUGCAAUGUGCGAUCAUGUUGUAAAGCAGAUUUAAAUGAAGACAGUGUUGUUAAUUUUUUUGACUACAACUUUUGUGCAAAAUGUUCCUUCACGAGAACACAUCAGACAUUUGAGCGAUUAUAUUAAAAAAAAACAUACAGUCGAAUUGUGAGCCUCCUUUUUUGGAGUCAGUUAAAAAUAAAUGUAUGUAUUUCACAGUUUUGCGUAAAUUAUUUAGUCUGUUUGUUUCUAAUAACGUUUAUUAAAAUGAACAUUUCUUGACAUACUUGAUUAUACAAUUUUUUUUUUAUAUUGAUGACCAAUAAAAAAUGUAUAAUGACAAUCGAAGUAGGUUUAGGUUUAUAAUUCUAGAGGUGUAAAUAAAUGAUAAAUGUAAAUUGACACAUGUAAAAAUAGUAGUCUUUACACACUUAAAAGAAUGUAAAUAAUAUGUUUAAUGUCACAUUUUAUCUGUCAAAUUAGUUAAAAUUAAAUUUAAAAUCACUGUCUUCAUUAAAAUCUGUGAUGUGUAUAUAAUAUUUCUUUAUAAUUUUAACGAAAAUUACCUGAUCUUUCCAGUGACAUAGUAUUGGCUAGAUGUAAAGUUUAAUGUAGUAAGGUCGCGAAUAUUAGAGGUCUGGUUCCUAUAGAUAGCUAGCGAGGCCACGUCGAGAUUUCAUUAAAUGAUACAAAUACUAAAAAUUGAUAAUAAUUUUAUGUAUGUACCAGCGGCGAAGAGUUCAUACGGGUCGAUUCCCGCUGGGUUGCCUUUUAAAAAUCUAUACAUAUUCAUUAUUGUAAUGAAUAUGAAUGGAUGUAGAAACGGGCGUUUGUAUCGACCUUUUCUAUGGGAGGGCUUAACUUCGUUAAAAUUUCAUCCUUCGCCACUGGUUAAUACUGCAAACAAUAAGUGAGUGAGAGUACAAUUCCGACAAAUAUUUUUGCCACUCUAAAAUGUGUUCAUUAAUUGCUCGGAAGUUUUUAUUUUUAUAGAACUUGUAAUAAAGAACAGCUUUGCAUAGCUUUUCAUAUCAUUUUGAAAAUUAUAAUUCCAUAAUAAUUAGACAAGACAAAAUGGGUUUGCACAGAAAUAAUUGUCUUAAGGUCUGUAUGUUGUAUAUACCGAACGACAUUCCUACCCUUAAGACGUAAAAUUGAAAGAUAUAAGAAACAGUACCUACCUAAAGCCAUAGGCUUUACCUACACAAUAUUUACAGUAAGGAAUAAAAGAUGUACCUACAGUUCUUAACCUAAAAAGUUAACUUUAAUUGAAAAGUAAUAAUAAAUGAAAAUGAAUACACAAUACAUUUUUUUUUUAAUAAAUAACCAAAAAAAUCUUCCAGUCUUCUUAGGCUCUGUUUUAAAAAAAAACGUUUAGUGGAGUCUCGAAUGGCCAAUGUGUAUACUCAGGCGUUGUCUGAAAUAAGUUCGGUAUUUUCACAAUUAUUUAUUUUCAUGUAUCCUAAGCAAUUAGAUUUAAGCAAGCGUGCUUGGAUGAGAGGCAUGUGAGUUUUACGCGGACACGUGUGUAAAUGUUGCUGAAACUAAAUUAUUUAUGGCGUAGUUAAGUAACGUAUAAAGUAUUCGAUAUGUUUAUCGCAAUAGCUCUUCUAAUUAUUGCAGUCCUUUGUAGAGUCGAUGACUCUUGUGUUUGAGAAAUAAAGGAUUCUUUAUCUAAA